AUGCGGGGCAACCUACGUCCAGAGGAGGCUCUCCAGGCACUGACCAUCUAUGAAGGGAAGUUUGGGAGGCUGAAAGAUGACCGAGAGAAAUGUGCAAAAGCCAAAGAAGCUUUGGAACUGACAGAUACAGGACUUCUCAGUGGUAGUGAAGAGCGUGUGCAGGUUGCUUUAGAAGAAUUGCAAGACCUUAAAGGAGUCUGGUCUGAGCUUUCCAAGGUCUGGGAGCAGAUAGAUCAAAUGAAGGAACAACCUUGGGUUUCAGUACAACCACGCAAGGUGCGACUUCUAUUAUAG